AUGGUUCUGGCCAAUUAUCCGAAGAGGUUGAUUCUUUGGAUCCGCCCAUAUGCAAAGAAGAUUGUUGGCUUGAUUGCUCCUCCUCCGCAAAAGUCCGAAGACGGCCGUGACCAAUGGCCCUCCCGGGCAGCUUUCCUUCUCGCUGCGAUGGGAGGUUGUGCAGGCCAGGGCAACUUACUAAGAUACCCUUCGGUCGUUUACAACAAUUAUGGUCUGCAGUGGUUUAUCCCUUAUCUGCUCGCGGUAUUCAUUGUCGCCAUCCCUGCUCUAAUCCUCGAAAUUUCAAUUGGGCAGGCAUAUCGUGGGGGCACAGUGAUUGCAUUUAACAAUAUAAACCACCGGCUGAAGGGUGUCGGCCUUGGUCCGAUUUUGGUCAGUUUCAUCGUCGUACAGUACUUCACGGUGAAUCUCGCCUGGAUCAUGAAUUAUUUCCGCAACUCAUUUCACAGUCCUCUUCCAUGGGAAGGCAGAAUAGAAGAAUUUUACAUGGGCGAUGUGGUUUCAAAUAUUGACCCCGUUCUGGGAAGCUUAACGGCAGGGAAUAAGGCUGUUUCAAAGUACACUGUCUAUCCAGGUGUGUCGCUCAUCGGCGAGACUGUCGGCUGGAGCGCCUUUAUAUGGUUUUUGAUCUGGGUGUCCAUUUUUCGCGGAGUUGGCCUAACGGGCCGAGUUGUCUACUGGACGAUGGGCCUGCCAAUCGUCACCACUAUCAUCAUCGUUGGUCGCUCUUGCUCACUAGAUAAUGCGCGCGAGGGAAUUCGGCUUCUCUGGGCAACAUGGAGAAGCGAUCAAUUAGCGUCAGGGACUGUCUGGCAAACUGCUGUUGGGCAGCACUCUAACGCUGUCAUGGACGCCAUCUUGAUCUGUGGAAGUAAUGUUCUCUUCGAAAACUUCGCCGCUUUUGCAGUGUUUGGUGUCGUGGGCUAUCUUCAGCGGUGGCCAGAGGACGGGGAGAGACUUGGCGCGUUUGUCGUGGGUUUCUUGACGCUACCAGAGGCUGUUCUCCAUAUGCCUGGCUCUAACUGGUGGGCUAUUCUUCUGUUCUUCACACUGGUGGUACUUGGUUUCAGCUCGGCAUUCGUGAUGCUAGAUGCUGCAGCUACACUAGCCGUCGAUGCGGGAAUGAAACUUUCUCGACCGACGAUUGUGACUGUACUGACUGUGGUUUCAUUUCUUAUGUGCUUACCGUAUUGUACCGAAUUUGGAUUCUAUCUACUAGAUGGGAUUGAUCGAUGGAUCAACAACGUUGCUUUGAUAUUUGUUGUCUGGUCAGAGCUUGUCGGUGCAACUACAGCCUACCGCUGGCGCGAUGUUGUUGAUCAAACAGGGCUCAUGGCCUUUGCCACCUACAACACUGGAUAUUUUGGUGCCCAGGUAAUCGGUGUCGCUGUUGCACAUGGCAUCUCAAAUCCAUCAGCUGGGGCUGGCGCGGGAUUUGGGUUUUUUAUUGUCUGUUCUAUUCUUUCGGUUCUUGUAUCCACGACGCCGGGGAUCAAAGCUCCCGGUUUCUGGGGUCGAAACUCUAUAACCAGUCGACUCUGGUAUAUGGCCUUAUAUUCGGGAAACCAAUUGAGGCGUGAUCUGAAUGACGUGGUUGGCGGGAAUGGCAACUGGAAUAUCCCUCGUCUCUGGCCCCCACUACUGCGAUAUGCCAGUGCGCCUAUUUUGGCCAUUGUCUUCAGCUUCGCAUAUCCAGAAUUCUACACUCUUCGAUAUGAUCCGAUGAUGAUUGCUGGGUUUAUUUUAGCACACCUGUGUCUGCUUUUAAUUUUGCUGGGUGUUAUUUUACCCCGGUAUUACAACAUCUUUGUUCCCCGUCACCGAAGAGCCGAGGGCACCGAAGAAACCAUCCCGCAGCAGUCCAAACAAUUGGGCGAUCCGCUCGAUCUCAAUGCGCUUGGAGUGGACCACACGGUAACAGCAAAGUAUACAGUGAGCCACAGCCCCGAUAGGUUUAAAAGCUAG